AUUCGAUUCGAUUCGACUCUAUGACCUGACAAACUAUCUCUAUCGCACUGCAUCGCGUAUGAUGCCCGUUCUCAAGUGAAGAACAGCAGGCAACCAAGAGUGGACCAACUACGUCCAAAUGUACGGGCACCCGAGGUACGAUUUCCCCAUUUCGGUAACCCGAACCACGUCCGCAUCCCGUUCGCCAUGUAGCAGUUCCCGGUCCCGGUCCCAGUCGCGAUCGCCCCGCCACGACGGAGGCGUGCUUAAUCUGGACACCAAAUCUACCAAAGUACCGAUCGUCACCGUCGACGACGAAGUGACGGCCUUCGGGAAGCCCAGCCCCAAGGCAAAGGAAUCCAGGUUCGAGGAAGCCGGCCAGAGUAGAAUACAGCCGGAGCAUGCUGGUUCGGACAGCGUUGCCAACCGAAAGAGUAAAAAGUUCAGUCCAGCAGAGGACAUCGAGGCGCGUCCGGACCACGCGGAACCGGAGGAAAAUGGCUACGUGAACGGGCUAGAAGCCCACCAUCACCACUACAGCGUGGCCAGAAGUCGAAAAGCUACGCAUAAGGACGAACCGGCCGUAGAUUACUACGCCGCUGCCAAGGAGAAACCACUUCCACAUGUACCAAAGAGCACCAUUGAGCAGCUAGAUCUUUUCAAAAGCGGAAUCCACAAAUACUCCGGCCUGGAGCCGAGUGGUUUACCAUUUCCCUUUCAUAUUACACCCCGUCCCGCGGUGGAACUGGCCAGUCUGUACUCCCGGCACGAAUUUCCGCCCUAUCUGCUUCCGCCUUAUGCAGCUAGCAGCGAAUCGACGCUUCCAUUUUUACUGAACAAUUUCGGGUACCAGCCUCACUUGUUCUCCUUACCGGAGAGUUGCUACCGAAAGGAACCGCCCAAGGAUGCCAGGCCAGCGUCGCCGCCCCGGAGGUCCCCAUCGAAAGAACCACCGUUCUACCCACCGCGUGUAGAUCCCAGCCAUCCGAAUCAGUCUUCCGCCGUGGCACCGAUACACUAGUAGUGUGAACCUGCACCACCAAGGCCAUCAUCGUCCCACCACGGCGGUUUCAACGCUACUUCCUAGAUCUUUCUGGCGUUCGUCGAGCCUGUUCGUUGUGACGUCGUUGCAGCCUACUUACACCGCUUGGCCGAAUCCCAAACGGCGGAUAACGUUGCUUGUGGAGGUUUCAUGGCAUCAAACACGCUUGGAAGCAGUCUUCUUCUACACACAGCUGACGUAUGUUUACCUUUAAGUUCUUAACUUUUAAAAUCAAGCAUAGUACGUAUCACCAAAAAGAUAAGAGAUAUGAAUCCGAAUUACACAGACUUACACGAGAGAGAGCGAGAAAAAAAUGUACAAAUCACAAGCAGUUUGAAGUGCUUAGGUCGAUGCGAAAAUGUAUAACAUUUAGGAAAAAAAAAAUCAACGGAAUUAGCUUUGUUCCCCAUAUUGGCAUAAUGUUUGAACUUUUAGAAGAUUAAGUCUACCGCUGAAGUUUCGGAAAGUUAGUUUUUGUUGAAGGGAUUCGAUUGCGGAUUCGAUUGCGGAUUCGAUACGAUUAUUCUCGGUGCUGUUCAGAUGUGAGUUUACCUCAGUUGCUUCGAUCGGACGAAUACUCCCUCCAGUUCAGGUUCAUUUACACUAUCUGGUUUCUUGGUCUGAUUCGAGCGGACUGCUCGAUAAUUUUGUCGGAUGCAAUGUUCGGAUGCGUUCACACUUUUUCGACAUG